AUGCCUUCAUUCUUCCAAUCCGUCUCUAAAGCGCCCCGCGGUUCUAGCUCCGUCCGCGCGCACUCCCUCCCGUUGCGCGCGACAACUCCCCUUCCGCCGCCCACGCUCUCUCCCUCCCGCCACGUUCUCUCGCUUCCCUCCUGUCGCGACAGUCCCCUCCGUCGCCCACGCUCACUCCUCCCCACCACGCACGCUCUCCCCCCAUCCAUCGCCCACGCUCACUGCCCGUACUCCGCACACGCUCACUUCCCUCCGUCGCCCAGGCUCACCCCCUGCCCCUCGCCUUCUCUCAUUCCCCUCCGUCGCCUAUGCUCCAUCCCCAUCCCUUCCCUCCCCAUCCCUCAUCUCCCCAUCCCUUCCCUCCCUAUCCCUCAUCUCCCCAUCCCUUCCCUCCCCAUCCCUCAUCUCCCCAUCCCGUCCCUCCCCAUCCCUCACCUCCCCAUCCCCGCCUCCCCAUCCCUUCCCUCUCCAUCCCUUCCCUCCCCAUCCCUCACCUCCCAGUCUCUCAACUUACCGUCCCUCUUCUCCCCAUCCCUCUUCUCCCCAUCCCUCUUCUCCCCAUCCCUCUUCUCCCCAUCCCUUCCCUCUCCAUCCCUCACCUCACCAUUCCAAGCUUUUUGGGGAGGGGAGAUGCGGUUCCGCCCCACCCCACUCCGCUCUCCCCCAUCUCCGCCCCACCCCACUACGCUCUCCCCCAUCUCCGCCCCACCCCACUACGCUCUCCCCCAUCUCCGCCCCACCCCACUACGCUCUCCCCCAUCUCCGCCCCACCCCACUACGCUCUCCCCCAUCUCCGCCCCACCCCACUCCGCUCUCCCCCAUCUCCGCCCCACCCCACGCCGCUCUCCCCCAUCUUCGCCCCACCCCAUUCCGCCCCACCCCAUCUCAAGGUCACCCCAUUCCGCCCCACCCUUCAAAAUCACCCCAUUCCGCCCCACCCAUCUCUGCCCCACCCAUCUCCACCCCAACCCAUCUCUGCCUCUCGUUUGUCUCCUACCAUAA